AUGCAUUUUUUUCAAAUUUGGCAUUAUUUUUGGGGAGCCAGUGGAUGUUUUUUGAAUCUUUUACUUGUUUAUAUCGCGAUUUUUAAAAGUCCAAAAGCAAUCCGAACUUAUGCAACAUUAAUUGUCAAUUUUGCGAUAACUGAUUUUGUGGAAUGUUUUUUCGAUGUUUUCAUACAAAUUCGAUUAUUACCAGCUCCUGGAGAUGUUACAAUGACUUAUAUUUUCAAUGGAUUUUGUAAAUAUUUUGGAGAUAUGAGUUGCAAAAUUGGAGCAAGUUUAUUUCUGCACUGCAUUCCCCAUGCGGUAUGGUCACUUUUGUUAUCUUUCGGAUAUCGAUAUUAUAUUUUACAUCAUCCUGGAUUAACCCGAAGGACUUUGAUUUGCAUUUUGAUUGUGAUUUACAUUCCAUCAUUUGUUCAAGGGGUAAUCAAAUUUAUGUUCGCUCACAAACAAUUUAUCAAUUUUUCAGCUAACAUACUGGACAAAUUUCGUUGAAACAGAUGAGAUUCUCCCUCUUGCCAAGCAAAUAUUUCCAAGUUAUAAUUUUUCUGAAGAAACUGGUGUGAUUUCUGGAAUUGUUGAUGUCACUACAAUUACAGCAACUUAUGCAAUUGUUCAUUUAUCAUUUCCGAUUUUUCCAGUCUACACAAUCAUUUAUAUUUUGAGAACGAAGAUAAUUGCGCAUCUUUUGAGGAAUUCACAAAUGAUGACGACGGAGACAAAAGCUGUACAUACACAAAUGUUGAGAGCUUUGACAUUUCAGGCAUUUAUUCCGAUAUUUGUAUGGAUUGGAGCAAGUUGUUAUUUGAUUUGUAAGUUUGAAUAGGGAAAGUUUUAAAAAAAAUUAUUCCAUACUUCUAGAAGAAUGGGAUUUACAGAUUUUGAAAAAAAAUCUGUAUUAUGAUCAAAUUUUUUCAAACAAAUUACAGUAUUCUUAUUUGCAGCACAACUUGGAAUUAUUCAACAAUCCCCUCUCAUGGAACACGCAGUUUUUGUAUCUGUUAUCCUAAUGCCAACAUUAUCUCCCUUCACAUAUUUGCUAUUUGUUAGACCGUAUAAGAAGUUCUGCAUGAAGUUAGUUUUCUAUUAAACAAAAUGUAUUAUAUGUACAUAUUUUUCAGAAUCAUCUACACAUUAACUUGCUCCAAAAAACGUCACGAUGAUGCGAAGGGAAGCAAAUUUGAUUCGCAUAACACACCUUCACAUAUAGUAGCACUUUCUAAAGUUGCACCAAUUAGUAGUUCUUAA